AUGCGCCUUCCUGCUGCUAUUGUUGUGCUCGCCGCCGGUGCCAUCGCUAGAGCUCAACUAUCCAAUAUCCCCCAAUGCUCUCUUACCUGUUUCACUUCGACCCUUUCCGGGGACGGCUGCUCUGAGCUUACGGAUUUCGCGUGCCAUUGCCAAAAGCCUGGCCUCGCAGCGGAGAUUGUGCCCUGCAUCAAUAAAGCCUGUGAUGUCAAGGACCGACAAGUCGUAUCCAGCCUCGUUGAAUCCUUGUGUUCUGGUGCUGGCCAUCCGGUCUCUAUCCCCGCGGUGGACACAUCGGUUCCCACAACGACUGCCGUAGGAGCUAUCCCAACCACAGCGAGGAGCUCCAAUUCUACCACGGGCGGUGGUUUCGGAUCAAGCUCCAAUUCUACCGCGGUCGGUAAUUCCGGGUCAGGUUCCGGGUCAAGCUUCAAGACUUCGUCCACGACCAACGCAGCUUCGGCUCAGAGCACCUCCCAAUUCAACGGUGCCCCUGGUAUUGCACCCGGAGCUGUUCAGAUGGCUGGUAGUGCUAUCCUGUUAGCCAGCAUGAUCUUCUUUAUCUGA